GCCAGGCGGAUGCCGGGGAAGGAUCCGUGUCAGAAGCAAGCUUGCGCUAUACAGAAGUGCUUACAAGCCAACAACUACAUUGAAGGUCGGUGUGAAGAUGUGAUCCGGGCGAUGAGAAAAUGUUGUGAGGUUCAUACCGGAAAGAAUUCCGUGUGCUGCUCCGGAUUUACACAAGAACACAAAACCACAGAGGACAAAACAGACCGAACACUUCUUACAAAAUAAUGUCACUUAUUUAAGACGUGCGUGCUUAUACCUGCACGAUAAGGCCAAAAGUUUGUGGACGUCUGACCAUCACACCCAUAUGUGGUUCUUCUCCAAACUGUUGGAAGCACGCAAUUGUUUAGAACGUCUCUGUAUGCUGUAGUGCGAGCUCCAUGAAGACACGGUGUGUGAAGGUUGGAAGAAGGUCGAAGAACUCGAGUGUCCUGCACAGAACCCUGACCUCGACACCUUUGGGAUGAACUGGAACUGGAGUCUCCUUACAUCAACAUCAGCGCCUGACCUCGACCUCACUAACGCUCCUGUAGCUGAAUGAACACGAAUCUCCACGGCCACGCCCCAAAAUCUAGUGCAAAGCCUUCCCAGAAGACUGGAGCGCAUUAUAACGGGAAACACAGAGGGAAUCAAUCUGGAAUGAGACGUUCACAAGAACAUAUGGGUGUGAUGUUCAGGGGUGCACAUACUUUUGGCCAUAUAGUGUAUAAACAGUGAUGUGUGGAAGUUUGAUUGCUUCAAAGAAGUCACUUAACAUUUGUUCUAAAAAUGUGCCUCAAUGUUGAUUAAAGGAAAAAUGAAAGACA